AUGGCGGAUUCUACGGGUCAGAACCGCGGAGGCUAUGAGCGGCUGACCGCAGAGGAGAUGGACCAGCGUAGAGUUGAGGGCGUGGCUUAUCAGUACCUGUGUCACCUGGAGGAGGCCAAGCGGUGGAUGGAGGCCUGUCUUGGCGAGGAACUGCCCCCUCCCACAGAGCUCGAGGAGUCUCUGAGGAACGGUGUGAUUCUGGCCAAACUGGGACACCACUUCACCCCUGACACCGUCCCAGUGAAGAAGAUCUAUGACAUGGACCAGGCCAGAUACCAGGCUCUGGGGCUGCAGUUCCGACACACUGAUAACAUAAACCACUGGAGAGCAGCCAUGACGGCGCUGGGCCUGCCUGCGAUCUUUCAUCCAGAGACCACAGACGUGUAUGACAAAAAGAACAUGCCCCGUGUGGUCUACUGCCUCCACGCCCUCAGUUUCUACCUGCACAGACUCGGACUCGCUCCUCAAAUACAUGACCUCUACGGGAAAGUCAAGUUCACAGAGGAGGAGAUUAACAAUGUGAAGCUGGAGUUGGACAAGUACGGGAUCCAGAUGCCAGUGUUUAAUAAAAUCGGAGGAAUUCUGGCCAACGAGCUGUCGGUGGACCAGGCUGCAGUGCAUGCUGCGGUCAUAGCCAUAAAUGAGGCGGUGGACAAGGGCCAGCUGGAGGUGACAGCGCAGGCCCUGAGGAAUCCCAAUGCCAUGAUAGAAUACCUGAAUGAUUCAUUGUGGGAAGUGUACCAGGAGCUACUGCAGCAGAGCAAGAGGCAGAAGGCUCUCAAUGCAAAGAACCGAGGAGGAGCAGAGGAGAAGGACAUCUACGAGGAGUAUCUGACUCAAAAGGAAAUCCAGCAGAGCAUCAACAUGGUCAACUUGCACUGGGCUGUGGAGCAGGUGGACCAGGCCAUAGACUCCUGUGAUGAGCUGGCUCUGCUCUCGGCUCUUAGUGUCCCCUGUUUGUCCCUGAGGGGCCUCCGUCCUGACAUGGCCCUGUGCUACAUGGAGCAGCUGGGCUCAGACCGACAGCAGAAAGCCAUGGAGCAGGGCUGUGUGGACCCUCUGGACCCUGAGGAGCUACAGGAGGCCAUCUCCACUGCCAACCGCCAUGCUCAGAAGAAGAGCCACAUGGAGGGGGCUUUGCUGAAGCUGAACCAGUGUCUGCAGGGCUCAGAUGCCAGGCUGACAGUGAGCACUCUGAUGAGUCCAGUCCUGGAGCUGCCCCCAGUGCUGCCCACCGCAGCCAGCCUCUACCACACUGAGCUGCAGCAGCUGCAGAGGCAGAGCCCACAGGGAGCGCUGCAGCAGGAGGAGCUUUUUGUUGCCGUGGAGAUGCUGACCUCUGUGGCUGUCAUCAACGAGGCUCUGGAGGCGGGGCUUAUGCACAAGUUCAACUGCUCAUUGGUCAGUUCUGCUGCCGCUCUCAGCGAUGUGGAGCCAGAGCUGCUGCACAGAUACUUCGAGGCGCUGACGUCUCUGAAGCAGCAGAGUCACGGAGCCGCACUGAGCUGGAAUCAGCUGCAGAAGCAGAUCCUCUCUGUGAACUCUGAGGCCCAGGAGCAGGAGCAGCAGCUGCUGUGUGUGUCCCUGGUGAACGAGGCGGUGAUGGAGGGCCAUGUGUCCAGGCUGCUGUCCUCUCUUAAGCAGCCGUCUCUGGGUGUGAGCUCUGUGGUCCCCAACAAUGCCAGCCGCUACCUGUCCCUGCUGCAGAGCGCCCAGAGGCAGAGAGCCCAGUUGGCCCGUGACCCGGGAGCAGCGCUGUGGCUGCCAGACAUCCAGGAGCAAGUGACGAGAGCCAAUCAGGAGACUCAGAGAGCACUUAAGACGUGCUUGGCCCUCGCCGCGGUGAGCCAGGCAGUCCGUGAGCAGAGACCGUCUCAGACGUUCAGAGUGCUGUCUCUGCCGGAGCUGGGCCUGUCCAGUCUGCUGCCCCACUGUGCUGCGCAGUAUCAGGAGAAGCUGGCCGCACUCGUCACACAGAGGCCUCGCACAGCCUCCAGUCCGUGGGUGCACACUGCUCUGGACGAUGGCUCCACGUUUUACCUCCAGCUGAGCACCUUGGAGGGUAGCUGGGAGAAGCCCAAGGACAAGGCCUCUCCCCUGGUGCUGAGCCGAGCAGACAUCCAGGCGGUGGUGUCCCAGGUCUUCUCUCAGCACAGUCGCAGUCUGCAGUGGGAGUGCAGGGAGCAGCUGGUGGUGCGUCUGCAAGCUGCUGCCAGAGGCUUCCUCUUGAGAACACGGCUGAACAGGAGGCAGCAGCACUUUAUGGACAACACCAGAGCAGUGGUUACACUACAGUCCCACUGGAGGAGGCUGCUGGCUCAGAAAUCCUACCGCUGCCGCCUGCAGUACCUCUACAUGAACUGGAGAGCAGUGGUCAAGAUCCAGUCCAUGGUUCGCAUGUGGCGGCUGAGGAAGAGGUACAGAGAGAGACUGCGCUUCUUCAGACGAAACGUGGGAGCAGUGGUGAAGAUCCAGGCCUUCUUCAGGGCCAACAAGGCCCGAGCGGAGUACAGGCUGCUGGUGCACUCGGCCACGCCCCCUCUGCGCGUCAUCAGGAAGUUCGCUCACCUGUUGGAGCUGUCCGGUGCUGACAUCAGGGAGGAGGCGGAGCUUCUCAGAGUGCGACAGGACGUUGUGAGGAGCAUCCGCUUCAACAAACAGCUGGAGAGCGACCUGGACCUCAUGGACCUGAAGAUUGGUCUUUUGGUCCGCAACCGGGCCACCAUCCAGGAGGUGGCCUCUCACUGUAAGAGGCUGACCAAGAAGAACAAGGAGCAGCUGUGUGACAUGAUGGAUCUGGAGAAGAGCAAAGGUCUGAAGGCUCUGAGUCGAGAGCGGCGCGAGCGUCUGGAGGCGUACCAGCACCUGUUCUACCUGCUGCAGACCCAGCCCAGGUACCUGGCCCAGCUGGUGUUCCUCAUGCCCCAGAGCAGGUCCACGGCCUUCAUGGAGAUGCUGGUGUUCAGUCUGUUUAACUACGGCUCCGAUUUGCGCGAGGCCUUCCUGCUCCUGCAACUCUUCACCCAGGCUCUCCGCUACGAGAUCAGGCUGAAGGUGGACCAUCCUCAGGACAUAGUGACUGGAAACCCCACAGUCAUUAAGAUGCUGGUGAACUUUUACCGCCACGCCAGAGGUCACAAUGCCCUGAGAGAAGCUCUGGGCCCCGCCCUGAAGGAGCUGCUACUGGAGCAGAACCUCAGCAUCAGGACGGACCCUCUGGAGGUCUACAAGGCCUGGGUGAACCAGACUGAGACGCAGACUGGAACCAAGAGUUCUCUUCCAUACGACGUGUCUCCAGAGGAAGCCCUGUCCCACCCAGAGGUGCAGAGGAGAAUUGAUGUGGCCAUCGUCAACCUCAAGAACCUGACGGACAGAGUGCUCAAGGCCAUCAUGGGGAAUCUGCACCUGCUGCCGUAUGGUCUGCGCUACACGGCCAAAGUCCUGAGAGACGCUCUCAGGGCCAAGUUCCCCCAGGCCUCUGAGGACGACCUGUACAAGCUGGUGGGGAACCUGGUGUACUACCGCUACAUGAACCCUGCGGUGGUGGCCCCUGAUGGCUUCGAUGUCCUGGAUCGCAGUGUGGGCUCCAGCCUCUCCCCGGAGCAGAGACACCUGUUAGCCGCUAUCGCCCGCAUGCUGCAACACGGAGCAGCUAACAAGUGUUUCCAUGGAGACGGCUACCAUGUGCGCAUGCUCAACCAGUACAUCAGCUCCACGCACCUCAAGUUCAGGAGGUUCCUCGCUGCUGUGUGCGACGUCCCAGAGCCAGAGGACCGGUUCAGUGUGGACGAGUAUUCUGAGCUGUUAAACGUGAACAAACCUGUCAUUUACAUCUCUCUGAGCGAGCUCAUCAACACACACCAGCUGCUGGUGGACCAUCAGUCAGUCCUGUGUCCGGACCAGAACGACCCCCUCAGAGCUCUGCUGCGGGACCUGGGCUCCGUACCCUCCCUACAGGAGCUGAGUGGAACUGCAGAGGACAGUGAUGCUGAGCACAGUGCGUCUGUGGGAAAGACCGAGGUGUCUCUGACUCUGGCCAACAAGAUCGACAUGUUCGAUGAGGAGCAGGAGCAGCCGGACUGCAGAGGCCUGCUGCUCAGCACCAAGCAGAUGAUCAUCGAUGUGAUUCGAAGUCAGCCCGGCGACUCACUGGGACAGAUCCUUCGCUGCUCUGCGUCCCAACAACAGUUGGAGCAGCACAACUGGCUGGUGCAGAGUCGCGCUCGGCAGGACGCCUGCAGUCCAGACAAACUGAAGAGGAACGAGUCUCUGAUGGCCAACGGCAGUCUGGGUCUGGAGCAGAAGAAGAGGAAGAUCCUGAGAAACCUGCGCCGACUGGAGGCGCAAGGAGUACUGCAGGCGUCCACCACAGAGGGCGCCAUCCUCAGUAUGAUCGCAAAGGACAUCCGUCAGCAGAGACUGCACCGUCAGCGCCGCAGAGGGGAGCUGCUGAGGCUGACCCAGACCCUGAGCAGCCUCCAGGCCAAGAGCCGCUUCCACAGCGAACAGACCGACUUCUACAGACACUACAUCAGCUCCUGCCUUGACAAGCUCAGCACACGCCCUGCCCCUGACACCAAGGCCAAGAACAAGACCUUGAGCUACAGCGCCACCAGGCUGCAGGAGAAGGGAGUGCUGCUGGAGAUCCAGGACCUGCCACAGACACAGUAA